UCAGUUUGAAUUCGUCGUGCGUGCUGUGAGCAUGUUAAAAAUACUUUCACAUUGCGAUACCACGUGAACUUCUCAAGCGCGGCUUAUCUGCAUUCACAAUCGAUAAACAGAUAAAACAUGUGAAAGAUAUUUUUAUUUUCUUAACAAAACAAGAAAAUAACAUUUUGUGAAUUUUAUAGUUGAAAUUAUUGCAAACAAUUGAAUUUGUAACAAAAUGGCACGGACAUUUUUAUUAUUAUUACUAAAAUUAGUGAUCAGUGUGUGUCUGCUGAAUGUUGUCGCUGCUAUCGACGACGAGUGUAAACAUAACACAUUUAACGUGACUGGUAAUCAUAUGCAGUUUAUCAAGGAAGUAGCAAACGCUGAAUUUGCCAUCAACGGGAUGUUCAAAGGGUUACAUUGUUGCGCGAAGGGCUAUCGUAGCAUCGAAUGGUUGAAGGAUAACCAACCAUACCCAUGGCAGUCAGCAUCAUCCGGCUUAAUCCUGUACCCAGAAAGCGUUAACCAAACCAUCUACACGCAACGCGUGACCCCCGAGGACGCCGGCAAUUACACGUGCAUCGUGCGCAACGACACCGACUACUACGUGCACACCAUCACGCUAAAAGUAUACGAUAAAGCACCCGAUGAGCCACAAUUGACGUACGUCUCAGAGGAUACAGAAGUCAGCGUCGGUCAUGAUUUACGAUUAUUCUGCGAAGCUUUUGUCGGUGCACUGGAUCAUCUCCCGGAUGCAUACAACGACGCAUACUGGGCGAGAAUUCUAUCGAAUGGCACCGAAGUUCGUGAUAAACACACACAGAAAGUUUCCAGGGAAGAUGAACAAUGUGCUGGUGCGUUGUUGAAUAUCCAAGAGGUCACCGCCGACACCUUCGGGCGUUAUGUAUGCGUCAUCAAGAAACCCGGCAAAGAUAUUCGCCAAUAUGUUCGUGUUACCGAAAGAGCCUGUGUGGAGUAUUUAUCACCAAGUUCAACGUCGUUUACACAUCUAGUCUUCUGGGCUUUGGUAACAAUCGUCAUGUUGUGCGUCACCAGUUUCGUGCUGUAUAAACGAUUCGGGUUGAAGUUGCGCGUAAAAUUCAAGGAUCGCUUUGGUAAUUUGGAGCACAAUGAUGGGAAGAACGUUGAUGUUUUGAUUGCGUACACGGCGCCGGAUAAGACUUUUACGUUGGAGACUUUAUUGCCGACAUUAGAGCGCACGUUUAAUUACGCGUGUGAAUCACAUGAAUUACCGAGGAAUAUUAGUUUAUGGGCUCCUGAUUUAUUGGAAGCAGCAAAAAAGAGUCGACGUCUUGUCGCUGUGCUUUCCCCGGAAUCCGUACAAGGACAAUGGGACCCCCCGACGCUCUACGAGGCACUCAAACAACUCAACAGUCUGAAUGCGCAAUUCACGUGUGUUAUGAUGGCGGAUGCGCCGAAGAACACGAACGAAACGAAAAACGAUCUGGGUGAAACAUUCGUUUCCUUGUUCAAGCAAAUUGUGCACGUGCAAUGGACGGGCGUCGAGCAUAACGAGCAGUUUUGGCUGACGCUGCGUUUGUAUCUGCCGCCGAAGCAGGUUUACUCCGAUGAGGCGAGUAAUGCAAAAAGACUGAAUCGCACCGAGGACGAGCUCGUCUAACUCGGCACUACUUAUUUAGUUCGAUUUGAUUUGAUUGAAGCAGUAUUCAUUACAUCCAUCACAGAUUUUUCUUCUAAAAACAAAUGAAUGUAUUACUAGUUGUCGAAUAUGUUGUUAGUUGUAAGGCAACUUGAUAAGGAAUGCACUUGAUGUGCAUUUGGAAUGCUUCGUUGGUCACGAGGCGUUACGGAAGGUGCUUUAAUGAUGAUAUUGCUUACUUUAAUGUGAGAGAUGUGAGGAUGUUGGAACAGACGAGAUUGUUACGCGCAGCGCGUCAACUUUUUUAUACUACAAUAUGACUUAUUGCGUUUUACGUUUAACCAUUUUCUAUAUUCGUAAAAUUGCCUCUUUUAUUCAUUUAUUUGUUUUGUAAAUAUUUAUUUUAGACGUACAUAUUAUAUAAAUGCUCUUAAGGACGUACAAUGUAUUUAAAACGCGAUUUUUUGUUACGACCAAGUUCUGAUUUAUGGUACUGACGUUGUUUUCAUAAUAUAUUUAAUGAAAAUGUCAUAAUAAAUGUGAAAUAUGUGAAA